CUCCGCAGGGUGAUCAUCACGAUGCUGGUCACCACCGCCGUGUGCUGCUAUCUCUUCUGGCUCAUCGCCAUCCUGGCCCAGGCCAACCCCCUGUUUGGGCCGCAGCUGAAGAACGAGACCAUCUGGUACGUGCGCUUCCUCUGGGAGUGA